GCAAAGUCGUAGCUUCUCACUGGAUUUGACUUGAGACGCCCUGCGCUCGGCUGAUUCAGAGGAUUCACUAGAUCGGCGUCCCUUGCAACCAUACUAGCGGGACCCGUCAAAUACCAGCUGCCAAGUCUGCAUAUAUUUUAACUGUCAAUGUGCGACAUAGUCGGCAUCCACCAUGCAUGAAGUUAUCACCUUACAGCUGGGUCAGCGGGCCAAUUACCUGGCCACCCACUUCUGGAAUCUUCAGGAAUCCUACUUCACGUACAACGAGGAAGAAGAAUCCCCGGUUGAUCAUGACGUCCAUUUCCGACCAGGCGUUGGGGCUGAUGGGACUGAAACUUACACUCCACGUACCGUCAUAUAUGACCUCAAGGGGGGAUUCGGUACUCUCCGCAAGUACAAUGCACUGUACGAGUUGACCGAAGACUCCAACCCCGGUCAGGGCCUGUGGGAUGGAAAGGAGGUAAUACAACAGCAAGCUCUGAUCCCCCAGAGUGAGUACCAGAAGAGCCUCGAUGCAGGGCUGCCUGCUCCAACACUCUCUGCAGAAACAGUCAGGUAUUGGUCCGACUAUAACCGACUGUUCUACCAUCCUCGCUCCAUUGUCCAGCUGAACGAUUACGAGCUGAACUCCAAAAUCAUGCCUUUCGAGGACUGGACUAUUGGGGAAGAGCUGUUUAAUGACCUUGACAAAGAGCAUGACUUGCUCGAUCGAGAUGUCAGACCGUUCGCGGAGGAGUGCGAUCAGUUGCGUGCGCUGCAAUUGUUUACGGGGUCCGAUGAUGCGUGGGGUGGCUUUGCUGCCAAGUACGUUGAUAGGAUUAGAGACGAAUAUGGCAAGAAGGCCGUCUGGGUCUGGGCUAUUGAGAAUGGCAAGAAGGUCGAUCGGCAAACCCAGUUCAAGAGGGAUCUUAAUAAAGCUCGGUCUGUCCACGCUAUUUCCGCCCAAGCGUCAUUGUAUGCGCCCAUAAUGGACCCCCCGAGCCGAAUCCCUAAAUCCGUCUACCUCAAUCCCCAAUCGGAAUGGUAUACCACGGCCUUGAUCAGUUCCGCCAUGGAAACGGUGUCGCUUCCGACUCGACUGCGUCCCUAUCACGACUUCGAGGCUUCCUUGGCAGGUGAUGACAGUAUCCAUAAGAUAUUUGAGCUACAAUCAACGAUUGUGCAGGACGAUGAAGACUCUGCAAAGCCACAUACCAAGCCAUCGAAUGACGGGGAUGAGAUUGGCUCUGAGAGAUCGCCGAUCAAGACGGAGUUCGAUCUGGACUUCACAUAUGACGGGCUGGACAGUCGAAAGUCCCACCACAUCUUUAACCAGCUCCAAGUUUCACGUGGGGCUAGCAAUCUCGAGGAUGAGUCCUCUGGAGAGGAUCUGGGUAUCCUCCGCCGUAGACGGCACUAUAAUUCGGAACCGAUGUUUCAGAGGUUCCAUACGACAUUACCAUUGCCCCUUUUGGACAGCUUCCCUCGUGAUAUGUUCCCUGGAUUGAGAUCGAAAGAGAAGAUAAGUAUCCUUUCCGCAUUGACUGUCUCUUCGCGAACGGCGGAGAGAUUAAAAUCCUUGGAGACAUUGGCGGGACGAGUGGCUGGGGUGGACGAGCGGGAGACUCUGGUCAACGGACUGGGCGAGAUCCGCGAGACAUACGAGACGGGAUGGAUGAGCGAUUCCGAGUUUGACGAUGACUAGCGGAAAAUCGACCUGAUCCUAUUCCUACAC